GUGAAAUUCCAGAGAGUUUUUUUCUUUUAAAAAAAUCUUCAUCUCUCUAUUUGCGAACCCCAAACUAACUUAUCUCUCUCUCCUCCGGUUUCUCAUUUGACAGUUCAGUCUUAUCUCUCUGUCUAGGAUCCUGCUCAGAGAGAGAGAGAGGUGGUUCUCUUCCGGCGUCAUUCUAGGGUUCCGUCGCUUUGUUCCAGUUUGAGUUGCAGAGAUGAAGGAAGAGUAAUCGGAUAAGAUUUGAUUGUCUCCUCCUCCUCCUCCUCCUUUGAGCAUCCAGAGAUUCUUUCUUUCGUUUUGAAGUGUGGAUUCUUAAGAUGGCAGCUAAUAGAUCCAAGUCGGAGAAGCAGCUACGGCGGGACCCUUACGAGGUUCUAGGAGUCUUGAAGAACUCCACGGAUCAGGAGAUUAAGAGCGCUUAUCGGAAACUAGCUCUCAAGUACCAUCCUGAUAAGACUGCAAAUGAUCCGGUUGCAGCCGACAUGUUUAAGGAGGUCACCUUUUCCUACAACAUCUUGUCUGACCCUGAGAAACGCCGUCAGUAUGAUACUGCUGGUUUUGAGGCAGUUGAAGCCGAAGGCCAAGAGCUGGAGCUGGAUCUCUCAAGUUUGGGAGCUGUGAAUACUGUCUUUGCUGCUUUGUUUAGCAAACUUGGUGUGCCGAUUAAAACAUCUGUAUCUGCAACUAUAUUGGAGGAGGCUCUUAACGGCAGAGUUUCGGUUGAUCCUCUUUUACUUGGACAAGCUGUGACCAAAAAGGUUGAAAAGCAAUGUGCACACUUUUAUGCUGUCACAGUAACAGAAGAGGAAGUGAGUUAUGGGCUGGUCUGCAGAGUAGAAUCAUCUAGCAAAAGCAAAUUCAAGUUACUUUACUUUGAUCAAGAAGCCAAUAGCGGAUUGAGCUUAGCCCUGCAGGAGGACAGCAAAAGAACUGGCAAGAUAACAUCUGCUGGAAUGUACUUUCUCGGUUUCCCUGUCUACCGGCUGGAUCACACCAACAAUUCGGUGGCUCAAGCAAAGGAUCCAGAAACUGCCUUCUUUAAAAAGCUUGAUGGAUUUCAGCAAUGUGAACUUACUGAGCUAAAGGCCGGAACACAUGUCUUUGCUGUCUAUGGUGAUAAUUUUUUCAAAAGCGUGAACUACACAAUCCAAGUUCUUUGUGCUGCCUCUUUUACUCAAGAAAAAGAAGACCUUAGGUCUGUAGAAGCUCAGAUCCUCACUAAAAGGGCAGAGCUUGCAAAGUUUGAGACAGAGUACAGGGAAGUACUUGUGCAGUUCACUGAUAUGACCAGUAGAUACGCUCAGGAAAUGCAAUCGAUCGACGAGCUUCUGAAGCAGAGAAAUGAAAUUCACUCGGCUUACACUACGGCUCCAGUGAUAAAGCGGAGCUUGAGCAAGAACAGACUGAACAGGCUGAGAAGGAACUCGUUCAAAAAGGCAGCGGCUGAGGCGCCUGCACCAACUGAACAGGAAGAAGAAGAGGACGAGGAGGAAGAGGAAGAAAGCAGCAAAGAGAGGAACAAGAAACCAAGUCCUUCUGAUAAGUCUGAGACACUAAAGAAGAAAAGCAAAUGGUACAAAUUACAUUUGAAAUUGGACAAGAAAAAACCUUGUUAGCCUUUCUUUAUCAUCGUUGCUUUCUUUUCUUAAAUACAUUUAUGUUUUCCUCCCUUUACCUUAGGCAUGUUGUAUCUGUAAAUCAUUUGAUAUUUUCUCCAACUUAUCAUUCGUAUUAAUCAACUCUUUAUUUUUGACAAUUA